AUGACGUUGCUAAAAUCUUUAAAAUCUCAUCACCCCAGUGAUUCCGAUAUAGAGUCUGCCUUUGAUCCUUUUAAUCACCCUUUUGUAGGCGAUAAUAUCGACCAGCAGUUAGCGGAUAAGAAAAUCGAAGAGGUUGAAAUUAAAAAUACUGUUUCUACUCCCUCUACCUAUAAAGAAAACAAAAUUAAAAAUUUUUUUGAAAAGCUAAUUGACUUUUUGGAAGUCAAACAACAUCAUAACGACACUGCUAAUAAUUGUAAGGCUGAAAGUGUUGUUGAAAGUUUUUUGUAUAACGACGAUUUAGCUCCAGUUGAAAAAGGAAGACGUGUAUGGGGUUGGAAACAAUAUGUUUUCUUUUGGAUUAGUGGUUCCUUCAACGUUAACACAUGGCAAAUUUCUUCCACAGGGAUACAAAUGGGAUUGAAUUGGUGGUGUACUUGGAUCUGUAUUUGGAUUGGUUAUAUCUGUGUUGCCGUUUUUGUUGUCUUAGGUUCAAGAAUUGGUAAUUUCUAUCAUAUUGCUUUCCCUAUUUCUUCAAGAAUAUCAUUUGGGGUUUACUUUUCUCUAUGGAUUGUUUUGAAUCGUGUAGUCAUGGCUGUUGUUUGGUUCAGUACAAUGAAUUAUAUUGGUAGUCAAUGUGUUCAAUUAAUGCUAAUGUCUAUUUUUGGUACUGACUUACAAACGAGAAUCAAAAAUACCAUUUAUGGUCAAAACAUUACCACUUUUGAAUUCAUGUGUUAUAUGUUAUUUUGGGGUGGUGAAUUAAUCUUUUUAUGGUGGCAACCACAUCAAUUGCGUUAUUUGUUUACAUUCAAGUCGGUUAUCACACCAUUUGCUGCUUUUGCUUUCUUAAUUUGGAGUUUGAAAAAGGCAAAUGGUCACGUAGCUAUGGGUUCUUUAACUGAAGUUCAUCCUACCGGUGCUAUUUUAGGCUGGAAUUUUGUUAGAAGUAUAAUGAGUGCCAUGGAUAAUUUCUCUACCCUAAUUUUAAAUGCUCCUGAUUUUUCAAGAUAUGCUAGAACGCCCAAAUCUUCAAUUUACUCACAAAUGUUUAUUUUACCCUUGAUGUACUCUAUUAUUUCUAUUAUCGGUAUUUUGGUUACUGCUUCUGCAUACACAUUAUAUGGUGUUAAUUAUUGGUCUCCUUUAGAUGUUUUGGGGAGAUUUUUAGAGCAUCAAUCCAAAGGUGAUCGCGGUGGUGUUUUUUUGAUUUCUUUUGCAUUUGCCAUUGCUCAAUUGGGUACUAACAUUGCAUCCAAUUCUAUUAGUGCAGGUACGGAUAUGACCGCCUUAUUUCCUAAAUUCAUUAAUAUCAGAAGAGGAUCCUAUAUAUGUGCUGCUUUAUCAUUAGCUAUUUGUCCUUGGAAUUUAAUGGCGUCGUCUUCCAAAUUCACAACAGCUUUGGCCGCAUAUGCAGUAUUUUUAAGUUCCAUCGCAGGCGUUAUUGCUGCUGAUUACUAUGUUGUCAGAAAAGGUUAUAUCAAAUUAGUCCAUUGCUAUUCGAAUAAAAAGGAUUCGCUGUAUAUGUAUGGAAAUAAGUAUGGUACUAAUUGGAGAGCCGUCGUUGCCUACAUUUUGGGUAUUGUUCCAAAUUUCCCUGGGUUUAUUGGUAGUCUUGGUCCUACAGUUCCAAUUGGUGCCAUGAGGGUUUAUUAUUUGAAUUAUUUUGUUGGAUAUCUAACCAGUUUUUUGAUUUAUUGUAUUUUGUGCUAUUAUUUCCCCUUCAAUGGUAUGCCUAAAGGUGUAAAAUUUUUUGAUAGAACUAAAUUUUUUGAAAGGUGGGUUGAAGUGGAAGAUUUUGCACAAAGAAGAAAAUUAUAUAUUGAGGAAGGUAUCGAUGAUGAUGACGAAUUUGAAGAUGCUGAUGAUAAUGUUGCUAAAACUUCUGGUGUUGAAGUUAUGAAUGGUAAUGGUGAGUUUGAAGAUACCACGAAAAAAACAGGAUUUUUUGCCAAAAUUAUUAAAAUAAGUAGCAACACCUCCUCUUCAAGUAAUUCUCAAACUGGAGAAUAA